GAAGUUGUCGUAGAGUCUCCCUCCUGCUGCCACCGGUCACAGAUCGCAUAAUUCGCCACUUGUCUUAUUCAAGGACACCAGAGUCAAGGACAAGGGCCUUGACACACGACUAUCAAUGCUGCUCCGGAGAUGUCCGAGAAAAUGAUCGAGUCACCAGUCGAUGAUAAGAUUAAGAUAGGUAGUCUCAGUCCGCAUCCGAUAUGCUCCCGCUCAAUAUUCCGUUCGUAUUCAGUAUGCCAUAGGGAUUUCGUGUUACCCGCCCUCGACGCUCUUUACACCCUCAGCAAAUCGCCCAGAUCUCCCAAUGCGGCGAUACGAUGACGGCUCCCGUUUGUUAUUAGGGACAUACGAAAUCGCAAAAGUCUUCAAAAUGCCACUGUCGGGCGAAUUCCGAAUUCCGGUCUUUCGGAUCGAGGAGAAGGAUGGCAUAGACACAAGCGUCGUAUGGGGGUGCACUGGUCUAGCCGGGUACUGCAGUCCACAGAGUGUCGUGCAGCUGACUGACGAGGAGAGGGUAGUGCUCAUUGGGAUCGCCCAGCGAGCAGUUGGCAAAGUAAUCGCAUACGGAAAGUUCAUUAAAAGUAUUUCAACUAGGA